AUGAUUAGAACAAGGGCCAUCAAAGUAGUAAACUCGUCAACUUUGAACAGAAGUUAUAGCAGGGCAUAUUCCUCAGGAUAUAGCUUUUUUUCGACAAAAAAUGGCCCUUCGCCCCCUAAAUAUGAGAAGAGAGGUAACAUAUUAUGGAGUUCUAUAAAAUACGCUAAUCAAAUUGACAACUAUCAAAAGGCAAUUCAGAAGGUACCAGAUUCAACUAAGGUUAGCCAACUACUACAAAAAAUAAAAGACAGUCCGGAGAUAUUGAAACUCUUAUCUUACUUUUUACAGGAAUUGCACAAUCUCAAUAUAGACCAAGGUCCUAGAGCAGUAUCAAAAACCAAAUACCGCUUGUAUUAUGCUUUAAAGCUUCACAGGUUGCACUCUGUCUUCUGGAGCUCCUGCAAUUUGCUUGAUAUCAGCUCGCAUGACCAUAGUUUGAAUUUUAAUCCAGAUUAUUUAGGAAUACUUGAUCCCAAGAAUUUUACAGAAGAAGAUUACAAACAGAUUUGUGAAGGUGAGUAUAACGGCACGAAGUUUAAAGAUUGUGAAAUAUUUUGA